CAUUUUCAACUAGACCACACUGGACUGGAAGCAGUUUGUCUCCUGUUUGUUGUUGUGUGUAAAAAACAAGUGCAGCUGAUUUUGAUUGGUUGAACCAACUGGACGCUGAAGGUAACGCUGCCUUGUUGCAAAAAACUUCCAAAACAGGGUGUGUUUAAAUAAAUCGCAAGUUAAUUAGAACACGUUGGGGAUGAAUUCUAAUCUAGUGAUAUCGAUAGGCAUCUUUUUGUUUUCACUGAAUGUGAAUUUUCCAGGAAAUGGCAACUGUGAUAAUAUUUGCCAACAAGAAAUGGCACGUCGAGAUAACGUUCGCACUCAUGGAAGAUUUUGCGGCUUUUCGCCUCCUCUCGAAUAUCCAUUUGCAGUUUAAUUAAAACGGGCGGAUUAUCAAACGGGAGCAUUCCGACAUGUGGUGCCAGUUCACUUGCUUAAUGGCUUUAUUAUAAUUAUGUUUACUUGAGACUAAUUGCCACAUGGAUUGCUCUUUUAUUCAACAUAAUGCAUUGCCUGCAUUUUGGCAAAAAUGGUUCGACUUGGUAAAGUUGUAGUAUCAUAACUGUAGUUUCAUCGAGUUGGCUGGGUUUUGGUACCGGGGGUCAUAUAAAGCCGUGCCCAUAGAAUUUCGCCUCUUACAUAUGCCUCAUAUAGUUCACGAGAGAUCAUUAACUCUAAUAAAUGGACUUAAAAAAAAAUCCAUCUUCUAUCCGUUCAGGGAAUUUCAUUAAACUCGGUAUAUAUAAAUACUAGGAUUUUGUUCAUGUAUGAACCAAAUCGCAGCUCAAUAUCGAUCGUGGUUUAUUAGUUCUCAUUUUUUAAAUUUCACACGCGCACUUUUGGCAGUUAAUUCGCAUAUCGAUCGACAUUCUAAAAAAUGCUCUUAACUUGAUGUGUCAAUGGAACUUAUUGAAACUCACCGCACUUAAAUACUAGGGUUUCGUUAAGAUAUGAGCCAAUCUACAUCCGCAUGUCGAGUGUUGUUCAGUUGCCCCGUUUGAUCAAACACAAACGCGCACUUUGGACAGUUAAUUCGCUUAUCGAUGGCUUUUUAAAAAAAUGUCUAAACUAGAUGCCUGAAUGAAAUUCAUUGAAACUCGCCACACCGAAAUACUAGAGAUUCGUGAAUCAAUGGGCCAAAUCACAACUUCAUAUCGACAAUGGUUGGGUUGUUUUACUUUUUUAAAUACAAUCGCGCACUUUUGGGAGUUAGUUUGUGUAUUGAUGGAUGCUAAAAAAAUUCUAUAAACUCAAUGCGUAAAUGGAAUUUAUUUAAACUUGCCACACUUAAAUGCUAAAGUUUUAUUACUAUAUGAACCUUUAUAUAUAUGGUGCUUUAGAAGUUCUGAUUUUUGUAAAUGCAAACGCGCAUUUUUGGCAUUUCAUUCGCUUAUCGAUGGACACUUAAAAAAUCUUUAAAUUCGACAAGUGAAUGGAAUUUAUUGAAACUAACGAAACGUGGAUAUUAGAGUUUAAUUAACAUGUCAGACCUAAACGACAGCCCCGUGUCGAUUGGGGGUUAAAUCUCCUGUUCUUCAAACAUAAUCGCGCACUUUUGGGAGUUAAUUUGCUCAUCGAUGGACAUUUUAAACACCUCUCUGAACUCGAUGUGUAAAUCGGAUUUACUGAAAAUCUUUUUUUUUCACUUAAAUAACGAGGUUUUAUUAACAUAUGAGCGAAAUUCUACCCUCAUGCCGCGUGCAGUUUAGUAGUUGUGAUUUUUUAAAUUAGAAACCCGCACUUUUGGAAGUUCAUUCGCUUAUCGAUAGACAUUUGGAAAAAUUAUCUAAAUUCGAUAAGUGAGUAGAAGUCACCAAAAAUCUAUACACGUAAAUACUGAAAUUUUUUCGAAACACAAUGCGUAGACCGAGCUGAUCGAAACUCAUCAGCAGAUUUUCCUCAACAAGCUCGCAAAAUAUCGGCCCCCUAUCUGCUCUUGUUUCAAAAUUCCUAUUUUCAGUAUUUUGUAUUCAUUUUUUCCGGAAUUAAAAUUUAAGAUAAUGAAAGCGCGGUGAAAACAAACCAAAACACUCUGUUCACUUAAAAAGUGCAGUAGCUCAAAUGCCGCUCCCGAUAAUUCCAGAGUAUACUAAUAAUGCCAGGAAUUUCCAGGCCCAUAAUACGGUUAGAACGUUUGCCCAAUAAUUGGUAACCUUUGAGUCUAUGCUAUAUUCUGUCGAGUUGAAAUUAUUUCCAGAACGUUAAUUUUUCCAUCGCAUCCAGUGGCGGGUGACGUAUAUUUACCCACAUCUUUCCAUUUGUGACUUAAGUAGCUCAACCUUAAGCAAGUGUUAGAUUGCCGAAAACCUACUUUCUCUUCAGCUUUGCCACUUUCUAGUUCAGGAGCAGGUUUUCAGUUAAUAUCCUUGACAGUAAACGCGCUUUUUAUAUAUAAACGAAGAAUCCACAAUCAGCAGACAACAGUUUACCAUGAAGCAGUUGAUUUUCUUUGUUGGCCUGAUCAGUGCCGUCCUCAGCGACUUACUGGAAGUGACUCCUCAGCAUUGGCAUGGCCUUCUAGCUGAUCAUGUUCUCGGUAUCCCUCCAAAGGACACCCCUGAAGUGGCGGCAGCCAAGGUCGCCCUCCAGAACGCUUACUCUGAAGUGUUGGCAGUGGUUCCAGUAUUACCCCCUGAAGAGCGCUAUAUUCCAGGGCCAAUCUACCACCAACCCAGUCUACCCCCCCAAGGUCACCCCUUUGUCCAACCGGUCUAUUUGCCGCACUUCAACCCCACCGAAGCCCCUACACUAAGGAACCGGAUCAUUCCUGCUGAGCAGGUGCCCCGAAGUCCCCUUGGAGAGGUGCCGGAAGUUCAGGCUGCUAGGGAGGCUCAUUUUCGGGCCUACCAUGAAGUAGCUGCCAAGCUUCCCAAGUUGGUUGAAACCACCACUGGACAUGGCGAAUGGUACCAUGUUCCUGCUCCCAUUCCAGGGCUGGUUCAGGUCGUCCAGGAUACUCCAGAAGUGGCCAGAGCUAAGGCUGAGCAUGCCGCUGCUGUUGCCGCCGUCUUAGGAUGAAAAAUGUGUUGAGCAGAGUGUCAGUUAAUAAACGCUUUUGGAAACUGA